GCAUAAAGUAUAAAAAAAAAAAGCAUGUGCGCUUCUUUUUCAUUCUUCUUUUUUUUUCAUUAUUCACUCAUUUUUAUUAUAUUUAUUUACGAAUGGAAAACAAUACUUGGUUUUAUAUCCAAUCUAACAAAACUGGUCAUGUUAUAUCAGCUAGUCGACAAAUUCGUUCUGAACACCUCGACCCAAAAAGAUCUCAAGUUUAUGUUUAUCCUCCUCUUCAAACAGAUGACGAAUUAUGGACAUAUGAACGUCAAUAUAUUCGUAAUAAAGCAACUGGUUUAGUCUUGGAUAUUCGAAAAGGUCGCUUAAGAUUGAUUGAAGAUACUGAAAUUUGUUUAUAUGACGAAAAACCAUUGGAAGAAGCUAGUAAUCAACUAUGGGGAAUACGUGAUACAUCUCAAGGAAAAUUGAUAUAUUCUAUUUCUAAUACUGACUGGUCCUUAACUCAAGAUGAAAACAAACUCUUGUUAUAUCCUCAUGAACCUUUACAAUCAACCAUUCAACAACAUGAUACUUGGGAAUGGAUUGCUGAACAUAGUUUUAUACCUUCUUUAUCUACCUCAACUACUACUGCUGCUGCUACUGCUACUGCGGAAUGGUCUGGUCCUACAACACCUGGUUUAUGUUCUUCUGUUGGUAGCUCUGUUGAAUCAUCUGAUUUUUCUCAGGGUGGUUUAUCUCCUGCUAAACGUGGCUCUCAAGGUUCAGUGAAUCUUUAUUCAAUGGAGACUUUCAAGGAUUAUCAUGAUCGUUUAUAUCAAGAAAAAGAUACUCAUUUAAGUGACAAGGCCCUUAGUAUGGCAGCUGCUUAUCAUUCUUGGAUAUCAGUCCGUCCUAUGGAUUCCAUCAAAGAACUCGAUGAACCUGGAAGAAUUCAACUUCAGAAUAAAGCGGAACAAGAGGCUCAAAAUCUUUUGUUAUCAAAUCAACAUCAAGAUCAUCACAAGGAAACUGUUUUACAUUUGACUCUUCGUUUUAUCAAUCUCCUUAUGGAUCAAAAAGUAUCAACAUCAUAGUAUAUUCCUCUAUUUUUACCCUCUUUUUACUUUAGUAGUCUUUGUCUUUUUUUUUUUUUUUUUAUCAUCCUAUUGUAAAUACGUAUUUUUAUUUUUAUGAUUUUCUUUCUUGUAUAUUUCAACUCUUUUAUAAUAAAAAAAACAAUGUAUUUUGAUUGGUCAGGAAUUCAG